UUUCAUCAUGUCGUCAGAAGGAGCUCGCGGUACUCAUUUCUGGGGCGAAGAGGAGGCCGUGUUUUUGCUUCAGCAGCUGAAAGAACUCAACAUUUUGAAGUGCCUCGACGGACGAAAAACCAGAAAUGGAGAAGUAUUUAAAAAGGUGGCGAAAAAAAUGGAGAACGCAGGCUUCAUUCGGACUCCCGAGCAGAUAAGAGUGAAAUGGAAACGCAUGAAGCGGAUUUACUUCAUAACCAAAAAGGACAGUAAAAGAAGUGGACACAACUCAGUUUCGUGUCCACACUAUGAGCUUCUCGAAGACCUUCUGGGAGGACGAACGUUGUCUCAAACGCUGGCGCAUGGCUUGGACGUUGGAUUUGGGGCUUCCGUUUCAGCGAGUGUUCCAGAAGACCAGGGAGAGCCAACUGAUGAUCCAGAGAAGCAUCCAGACGAAGGGGCUGCUGUCAAAAUGGAAGGGACUGCUGAAACAGAAGAACGGGAAACUGCUAGUGCCCCUGUUUCCAAGACGAGUACUCGCACAGGCACUUUUGCGAUGUUUGGUGAAAGGCAAAGACACAGGGGGCGGCGGUCUGACGUGGAGCGGUUUACAUCCAGCAUGGAGAGACUCCAGGCUGUCUUGGUGGACCAGCUACGGCAGAGUCAAGAAAUGCAGGAAAGGCUGGUGAAUUCCAUCCUCCAGAGCAACGAGUCGAUGGUGUCGGCUCUUCUUGAAGGCAUCCAAAGUCUAAGACCACGUCCCCCGGAUCACCGAGGAGGAAAAGACAUCCAGCAGCUGAAUGGUCAUCAAGAAGAACGUGCCCCUCAGCCGCAGGGGGGGACCCCCACUUUGAAGCAGGAGGAGCCCCAGCCCCCCGACGUUAAAGAGGAAGUGGAGGAGCUCUGGCUCACUCAGGAGGGAGAGCGUUUUCUGGGGCCAGAGGAGGCUGACCUCACCAAGAUGCCUGUGAAGACUGAGGACCACAAAGACAAACCGCCCGAGUCCUUACGCCUUCAUCAUAGUCCCCAUGAUUGGAACAGAGAGGCGGAGCCUCCAAGCAACAUUUCACAACUCGUGAAAACAGAAGCUGAUGGAGGCGACUGUGGAGGAUCACACAUAGACCUCUUAGCGCCGCUAUCAGAUUGAAUGCAAACAUGCGGACUCGUACUGGACGAUAUGCGGCUCAACAUUUGCUCAAAAGAAAACUUUGCCCGUUCACGUGUGUGGUGCCGAUUUGACAGCGCACAUGCGGUCAUGCAAUGGCGAAGAAACAUUUUCUUGAAGAAACAAAAACAAAUAAGUAGCACAUACGGUAGUUACUAUACUGUAGUUUGUAGCCUGCAUAAUGCCUGCUGAGGAAGAUGGCUGCCCUUCCCUGACUUUUUGUUAGGUUUGACUUUUCUUGCAGUUACUUUUUCCUUGCCUCUGUUGCCAAACUGCUUAUUCAUGUGGAGUUUGGUGUUUUUUGUAAAUGGGUAGAACGUUCCCUGAGAUAAUGUAUGUUGUUGCUGUUGUUGUUGUUGUUAAAUGGUGUAAAUAAAAUUGAUUUCCUAGAUUUGGUCCAACUUUU